AUGUUAUCAGCACAAUUUUCAGGAUCUGCAUUCCAACACUCGGAAGCAGCACCAAUGUCUGUAUCCGCAAAGAAUGCAUCGACUGACUUUAGCACAAACACCAAAGAAGCCCUCACACUUAUGCACAACCAAACAAAAUUCUAUGCUAUAGUAGAAAUCAAAAAUCGACCCUAUCAUGUUGCAAAAAACGAUGUAAUUAUUGUUCCCCGUAUGAAUGAUCUUCAAAUCGGAGAUGUCAUUACUCUUGAUCGAGUGCGUGAAAUGGGUAGUCCUGAUUACAUUAUGCAAGGAAAUCCGUACCUUGAUCCUCGAUACUAUACUAUUCAAGCUACUGCCAUUGAACAUACAGUUGGUAAAGCGAUUGAACGGAAACAUCGGAAGCGAAGUGGAAUUAGCAAGUAUGUACGUAUGACGAGUAGUUACACAUUGUUGCGUGUUUGCGAAAUGGAUGUGGUUGAUUCUCGUUGA